AUGGCCACGAUGUUGCGAACAGUUACAUUAGCAGAGAAUUUAAUAUUGAAAAACGGUGCGAAGAUUUUAGGAGGUAAUUCGUCAGGACGAUGGCAGCCGCAACAACAGCAAACACGAAACUUAAACGUGCACGAAUAUAUAAGUUACACUCUCCUAAAAGAUAAUGGAAUUUCGGUUCCAAAUUUUGGGGUAGCUUCUACAAAAGAAGAAGCUCGUAAAAUUGCCCAAGAUCUGAAAACUAAAGAUUUAGUUAUUAAAGCACAAGUUUUAGCAGGUGGACGGGGCGUAGGUCAUUUUAAGAAUGGAUUUAAAGGUGGAGUUAGGACUGUGUUUUCGCCAGAAGAAGCAGAGGAAGUGGCUGGUAAAAUGUUGGGUCAGUAUUUAGUUACAAAGCAGACAGGGGAAAAAGGGCGUAUCUGCAAUAAAGUUAUGGUAGCAGAAAGAAAAUUUCCUAGACGUGAAUUUUACAUUGCUGUAAUGAUGGAAAGAUCUUUUAAUGGUCCAGUAAUAAUUGCUUCAUCCCAAGGAGGUGUAAGUAUAGAAGAUGUAGCCAAAGAAAAUCCAGAUGCAAUCAUUUACGAACCCAUCGAUUGCAUUGCAGGCCUUACCAGGGCUCAAGCAGAAAAGGUGGCUGUCAAAAUUGGUCUUGAAAAACAGAAGGAAAACGUAGUAAAAUUAUUAACAAAUAUGUACGACUUGUUUGUAAAAAAAGAUGCACUUUUAAUUGAAAUCAAUCCAUAUGCAGAAGAUGCAGGAGAUGUUUACUUUUCUCUUGACGCAAAGUUUCGAUUUGAUGAUAAUGCGGCGUUUCGUCAAAAAGAUUUAUUCGCUCUUCGAGACUGGUCCCAAGAAGACGAGAAAGAAGUACAAGCCUCCAAAUUUGACUUGAACUACAUCGCUCUUGAUGGAAGUAUCGGUUGCAUGGUAAACGGAGCCGGGCUUGCAAUGGCUACCAUGGACAUCAUUUCAUUACAUGGGGGUUCACCUGCAAAUUUUCUUGAUGUUGGCGGCGGAGCUACUGCUCAUGCUGUCAAAGAAGCCUUCAAAAUUAUCACGUCAGAUCCAAAGGUUCUUACCAUACUCGUGAACAUUUUUGGUGGUAUAAUGAGGUGUGACGUUAUCGCCGAAGGUAUUAUUGCAGCAACGAAGGAGUUAUCAUUGAAGCAUCCAAUCGUGUGUCGUCUUCAAGGUACUAAUGUCGAUGAUGCUAAAGUGCUCAUCGCCAAUUCAGGUUUGAAGAUUUUACCAGUUGACAAUCUUGACGAAGCUGCUCGUCUUGCAGUUAAACUGUCCAACAUCGUUAAAUUAGCAAAAUCUGCCAAAUUGGAUAUUAACUUCGAAAUGCCACUCUAAGAAUUCUCUUGUUUACAUUAUAAAGGCGCUUUUAAAAUUGUAAUUGCCUGUAAAAAUCUAUUCGACGUUUACUAUGCAAUAUAAAAACAAAUAAUUAAACUAGUAUUUAAAA